UGUUGUUUAUUUAUUUAUUUUUUGCAUUCUUUUAUUUCCAUUAACAUGAGGGGAAGGACCCACCAACCUUGGCCUCGUAUGGCCAUCCUGACAUGGUUCAGUCAUGGCAUAAGAUGCUUCCUCGUAGAGUAAAGCAGACAGUUGAUGCGUUAUACCUAGGACUGGCUAGCUUUGGUAGAGACUCGAAAGUUUAACCCGGCACUGGUGGGAGCCCUGAUGGAGCGGUGGUGGCCAAGUACCCAUUCUUUCCAUCUUUCUGCUGGCGAGAUCACCAUCACAUCCUUAUGCUUCUAUGCUUCUAUGCUUUGAUAGGCAUUCCAUUUGGGGGUAGAUCCAUGACCCUACCUAGGGCUUUGACUAUCCAGGAGUUCGUAGACUUGACCGACAUUACCAUUGCUGCUGGCCAGACACAUAUUCGCCUAGGGGAGAUCAGUGCUUGAUGGUGGAAAUUUGGCUUGGGGGAGAACCCAGGUAACAUAUCACAGGUGGCCAGUUCAUUCUUGCUGUUUGCUAUGGGUCAGUGCUCUUCAACGACCUUCAAGGGGGAGUGGAUAUCCUUCUGGUGUACUUCCUUCGAGAUCUUCGUACAGUAGACACUUGGGACUGGGGCGGGGCUGCCUAUGCAUAUCUCCUGCGGUCCCUAAAUCUGGUGUCCUAUGGAGACAAGGGCCUCAAGGGGGUAGACUUCAUUAUUCAGCCUUAGUGCUUUGAGCAUUUGGGGACUAUAGCUCCCAAACUGAGGGACCCUGAGCCAUUCUUCUUCCCUGUAGCCAUGAGGUGGGGAGAUAAUCAGGUGCCCAGGGCUCGACGCCAUCCUCUGUGGACCACCACUCAUUCUCUUUUGAACGAUCUCACCGAGGUUACUUGGAGACCAUUCCAUGACCUUGUAUUUUUAGAUCUUGAAAGAUUAGCCUUGGUUAAGAACUUAUCCGAGCACCGAGUCCUUUUUCGAGGAAUAUGGGGACAUGCUUGGUAUUUGGGAGAGAGAUUAGUACCCCAAUGGUCGAAUAUCGAGCCAUGCCCUUCUCCUGGUCUUCCUCCACCCACUAUGCACUGCCCAGAGAUCAUCCUAGCAGACGAGAUGGAGCUUUUUGCUAACGGAGUAUGGUAUGACUCAUUUCUAGAUCAGGAUAGGGACUACAGAGCCUUCUUGGAGGAGAAGACAGUAUGCACCCCUCUUGGUCUUGAUGGUCCAGUGGGGAGAGUGAGAUGUGUAGAUCUGUUCGGUCUCAUUCCAGUGCUACCAAUCCUUCACAAGCAGGACCCUUUACCAGUGCCGGAGGGUCUCUCAGGGUUACUAACGUCCCCUUUCGUGGCUUCCUUGCCUGGACCUAUCCCAACGCAGCCAACCCCAGUCUCCCUCAUCUUCUGGAUCCGAACAUAGAUGUAGACGCUUUCCAUGGAUUGCCUAUUCCUUAUGAUAAUGUGUCCUCGGAGGUCUAUGCUGAGAUUAGGAGGAUGCACUAUGCCUUUGCGAGGUGAUAGUUACCAAGGAUUAGGAGAUUGCACGGUAGGACACGCUAAUUCAGGACCUGACCCAAAGGCUGGAGCAGGCUGGACUAGCAUCUGCAAGUUCCCUAGCUCUCCAUGAGGAUGGUUCAGAGUACGACCCAGAUGAUGGCUUUUAACUUAUAGGGAUUUGUUCCUGCAUUUAUUGAAAACACAAACACAUGGAUAUUUUCUUUCUUUUUUCUUUUUUC